ACCUAAUUUGGACAUUCCAUGUAUUAAAAGAUACUCUACACUGGCACUUUGGGGAAAAGAUUGGCGCCAGAUUUCGAGUGCCUCGGAGGGGGGCGUGGCCUCCGUUGGACUACUUCCGCUUCCUCCAAGUAAGAUGGCUCCCCCAAGCGUAGAAAUCUGGGGCGCCUGCUGGACUUCACCUGAUAAGUCGACGGCGGUGUUUCCCAGUCCCAAUUUGCGGCCGCCGUACUGUGCGGCAGGGUGGCCACGCCCCUUUUGCGCGCCUUGUGACGCUGGCGCCCUGGGCUUUUUGCGCGGGAAAAGAAAGCAGGCCGGAGCUCUAGCCUGCCUUGCUGGGACCCACCUUUCGAGCAGGCUGCAGCGGGCUCCACACAUCUGCGGGCCAUGGGGUUGCUGGAGCUGUGUGAGGAAGUGUUCGGCACCGCCGACCUUUACCGAGUGCUGGGCGUGAGACGCGAGGCUUCGGACGGCGAGGUCCGACGCGGCUACCACAAGGUGUCCCUGCAAGUGCACCCUGACCGGGUGGGUGAGGACGACAAAGAGGACGCCACUCGCCGCUUCCAGAUCCUCGGGAAAGUCUAUUCCGUUCUGAGUGACAAAGAGCAGAGAGCAGUGUACGAUGAACAGGGAACAGUGGACGAGGAUUCUGAUGUGCUCAACCAAGAUCGGGACUGGGAGACGUAUUGGAGGUUACUCUUUAAAAAGAUAUCUCUAGAAGACAUUCAAGCUUUUGAAAAGACAUACAAAGGUUCAGAAGAAGAGUUGGCAGAUAUUAAACAGGCCUAUGUGGACUUCAAAGGGGACAUGGAUCAGAUCAUGGAGUCCGUGCUGUGUGUGCAGUUCACAGAGGAACCCAGGAUAAGGAACAUUAUCCAGCAAGCCAUUGAUGCUGGAGAGGUCCCGUCCUAUAAUGCCUUUGUCAAAGAAUCAAAGCAAAAGAUGAAUGCUAGGAAAAGGAGGGCUGAGGAAGAGGCUAAAGAAGCAGAAAUGAGCAGAAAGGAGCUGGGUCUUGAUGGAGAAAGUAACUUGAAAGCGGUCAUUCAGAGCAGACAAAAGGAUCGGCAAAAGGAAAUGGACAGUUUUCUGGCUCAGAUGGAAGCAAAGUACUGCAAACCUUCCAAACGAGGAGGGAAAAAAACAGCUCUCAAGAAAGAAAAGAAAUAAUGGAAUUUUCUCUUCAAAAGUCAUUAGGUGUUAGCUGAUGGCAUUGUAGGCAGAAGGUACAGUCAAGAUCUGAAAACAAAAGUCAACUCAACCCUUGGGAAAAGUUGUUUUUCCUGACUAAAUUAUUUGGAUUAAGUAUGUAACCAGAGUCAACUCAAACUGAUCUUAGUAUAUAUAUCCUAGAAAUCCUCUGACAUUCUGUGAAGUCCUCCUAUGAAGGAAUUUGGUGGUGAUCAUUGAGGUGAGAGGGGCAGAUUGGUAUACUUUUGAUAGCACUUGCUUCUGUAGAUCUCUGUACAAGGAACUUUAUCUAGAAUGUGGGUCUGUCCAUACUUCCCUUACCAGCUGUCAUAUUGCUACACAAGAGUGACAUGCAGAGUAUUUGGAGUGAUGUGGAUGUUUAUUAUGACAGGUAUUCCACUUAGCAAGAAUGUCUUCAGAACAUUUGACAGUUUGCUUUUGGUCUUAAUAUUCUUAAAUAGAUCCUCUCUUUCUCUCUCUCUCUUUGUUUCACUGAACCAGGUUUUGUACUCUUUGCUUGAAGUACAGGAGAAAAAGUUGUUCACACUACUUCAGGCAUCUUUAUAAGUCUUAACAUGAUUAACAAGUAAAACAUGGUUUAAGUUUUAAAUGAUCACUGGAAUAUUACUGAUAAAUGUUCUUGGGCAGGUCACUGAGUUUGUGGGAACUUGUUUUCUCAUCCAUGAAAGGGUGAGGGAGUUUGGGUAAAUGAUGUCUUAGAGGCCCUUCUGACUCUUAACUCUGAUUUUGAAAGUAAAGCUCUCAGUGGUUUGUUUUCAUGCACUCAUGGUAUUGAUUUGCAAGAAUAGUACAGAGAUUUUCACUUAUGUAGUUGAGUUGUAUGUAUUUAUUAGACUAUAUGGAAGGAUUUUAAGGACUAUUCAACUUAAAAUCCCUGGCUUGUAGAGUAAUAUUUUCAAUGCCAUAUGCAUGAAAUAAGUCUUCUGUUACUGAGCUUUA